UUUACAUCCAUGUAAUGAUGUAUCGAUGAUUUCCCCUGUAUCGACUGAUAGAUACUGAUAGGAUAUCAUUAGUUUAAACCAGUUUUACAAGUUUAAGAUAAAAGAUUAAAAGGAUAUAAGCAUUUGUAGGAUUAGAUUUGUUUUUUGUUCAUCAUGAAAAGUUACUACAAACCUUGGUUAUUGGCUUGUAUAUUAGGAGCAGUUGUAUUAAUAUAUACAAUGAGUAAAUACAAUGAAGUUUUGACAGAGCUACAGACACAAAGGGUAAAAUUUGAUGCAAUUGAAUAUAAAAUCAGUCCAGGAAUAAUAGCCCAGUCAGCUUCUUUAGAUGGAAAACAAAGAAUUUCUGUUAGUGGUACAUUUGAAGAAAAUAGAAAAGUUCCUAAAAUGCUUAAAGAGUUCAAACCAGAAUCAUUUUAUCAAGAUAAAGCUGCUAUACCUGACUACAAAACAAAAUUACAGAUGCUUAUUGAUCAGCAGGUUCCAGCAGAUAAUCCAGACUUGGUGAAAAUCAUCCGUAAUCACUACAUUGAACAGCCAUCACAAGAACCAUACAAUUUACUUAACCCAGAGCGAGUUGAUUAUUCACAAGGCCAGACACCAUUUAUUGAUAGCAGACUCAAUUAUAUGGAAGGUGGAUUCUACGUUGAAUGUGGAGCCUUAAAUGGAGAAAAGGGUUCAAAUUCCUUGUUUUUUGAAAGAGUUCGCAAGUGGAACGGUUUGUUGAUAGAAGGUGAUCCAACUAACUAUGCUGAAUUGAAGAAGAUAAACAGAAAGGCAUUUUCAAUAAAUGCAUGCAUCAGUCCAAGGGCAACACCAUUUAAGGCCAAGUUUCACAAAGCUUUCAACAUGGGACGUGCUAUCCAUGAUGAACAAUCUGAAAACUGGGUAAAAAGAAUUCAUAAAAAUAAAGAUUUAGUAGAAAUAGAAUGUUUCCCAUUAUAUUCUUUGAUGCUAGCAUUGAACAGAACAACCAUCGAUUUCUUCAGUUUAGACGUGGAAGGGGAUGAAGUUAAUGUUCUAAAGACAAUACCAUUUGAUAAGCUAAAUAUAAAGAUGAUGACAGUAGAAUAUGCACAUGGUGGAGCAGGUGGUGCUGAUAUGCAAAGGUUUCUACAGAGUAAAGGUUACGAGGUUGUUCUCAAGGUUUCCAAAGAUAACUGGGGUGUCAAUGAUUUAAUCUUUAGAAAGAAAGGUGUAGCUGAUGGAAGUACCAUUUAAACUUCAAUCAAUAUUGUUAAACUAAAAUUUCAUGAACAAUUUGUUUAAAAAUCACAAAUUUAUUUAUAAGAUCUGAGACGAAGGAUAAGCAAAAUUAUGAUUAUCAAAAUUUAUUUUAUUAAUCAUAACCUUUCUUACAUCACAAAUUUAGCUAAACAGUCAUUUUGUUUCUCCUGUGCAGCAAGCAAGACUCAUUUACAAGUACAUAGAUCUUAUUGCUUGAUCCUUUAUAGAUUUGGGUCAUACCGGGGAUACUUCCCUUUAUAUGUUUUCUGCAAAUUCUUUUUCAAAUACUAAAUCUUUAUAAAAAUUGACAGUAUACAAUUUAAUGUAUGUACUUGAGAUUGUGUCAAAGUCAUGCAAUACUUCUUAUCAUUUAGUCAAAUUUCAUUGCCUAAAGAUCAUAUAGAAUUGUUUUUAAGGGAAUUUAGAUAUGUAUUUUAAAAUUCAUAGGAAGUAUAUGUUUUGACAUCGCCAAAAAUACUGCAAACCACAUUUACUGCUGUAAAUUCAGAAAUUUUUGCAUGCAUUUAUUUUUUGAGCAAUUGAUAAACAUGGGAGAUUAAUUUAUUUUAGAAAUAUUGCAUACAAGUAAUGCAGAUUGCUAACAUAAUAAUAUGUAUAGUAAAUGUCAAAUUUUGCAUGAUUUUCUAAAAAAAAGUAAUUGUUGCAAAGUUUUGGAGAAUAUUAAUAUAUUAUUUAUGCAACAUACUUUCUGUAAAAAUAUAUGUAGUCACAUCAAGAGCUUUGUCAAAGAUAUCUGAAUAUUACAUUUAAUGUAUGGUUGAUGAUCCUGUCUAAAAUAUAAUUCAAAAUAUUUUUAAAAAGGUUAUAAAUUUGUUCCUUCAACAUAUUACUUGUUGUUUAAUAUAGCCAAAAGGGAAUAUUGAUUAAGAAAUGCAAUGAUAUUGACUUAUAUUGAUAUCUGAGAAGCUACUAAUAGUAAACAAAAUGUCCUUAUCAUACGUUCUCUGAUGAUCUUGGAAUCCUUAUAAAUUAUAAGGUCAUCAGGUAUAAACAAAAUUUACCAAUUUAAUAGACAAGAGAGACAUGUCUUGUCUCAAUUAAAUACUCAGGUUUUAAUGCUACUUAUUAGAUUUAUUUUAUUGUCUGUUAGUUAAAAUUAUUUUGUCAUGUCUGUUUUUUCAUUGGUUUUGCAUCAAGUCUUUCUUUUUAAACAGUGCCAGCUAGUCUGCCAGUAAGAGAAAAAAAGGUACUUUAAAAGUCCAAUUAAAAAAUCAUAAAGUAAACAUAUAAUGCACUUUGACCCCAAAAUUAUUCUUGUUCCAAAUUAAAAAUCAGAAUGGAAUCUAAUAAUAAUGAAGGGUAUACAUGUGUCCACCUAAAAGUUCUAAUAUCUUCAUUUUCUGAAUAUUUUGUGGAAUAUUUUUUAUUUUUUAAACAUAAAUGUAUAUUAUAUUCAGAAAAAGGAAGUCAGCUUUUAGAAAAUCUUAGCUGGCUCCCAAAUAACUGUCCAUUAAAUAUAUAACUAUUAACCUCAGGUAGUUGUCUACUUAAUCUGGAAGAACUGAAAAUAUCUUAAAACGUGUGUUAGAGUAUAGAAGGGUCAAAUAGAUUCAUUAUUGUUUAGAAAGUAAAACAUGACCACACAUUCAUCAACAUCUAAGUUCAUUUUUUUUUUUUUUCUGUUUUUGUUUAUUAAUUUAUUUCCUUGUUGUUUUUUGUGUUCUAUUUUUUUCUUCUUCUUUUGUGCCACUUAAUUUUUCUGUCCAAUUUAUACAAAUGUUGAAAUCAUAUGUAAUGUAUGCAUGCUCUUAUAUAGUAUUGUUAAAUAUGUUAAAUGGAGAAGACUUCAUAAGUCUGUUUGACUUGUGUCUCAUCCAAUUUGUGUUUAGGCAAAUAAAAUAUGUUUAAAUUAAAAACUAAACUAAAACCUAAAUCCAUUAAAAAUCAACCAGAAAAUUAAUGUGAUACAAAAUAAUGAAAUACACAACUUUAUAUUGUGAAUACUACUGUCUUUUUAUGUAAAUGGUUUUGCAAUCACAAUUUUGCCCUGUUAAGUGUGGCUGUCUGCUGGAUAUUGAUCUUUGUUUUAAAUGUUUUUUGUAUUAAAUAUGUAUAUUUACUUGUAAGAUACUGUUUAUUAUUAGGAGUAUACUAUUAAUUAUUAUACUAUUGUGUAAACUUAGAUGUGGAACUUUACCUUUGUCUGUCGAGAUGGGUCGUUAUACGAAACCACCAAUACUGUUAGAUGAAAGAAUUUGUCCAUUUUGUCAUAAUGCAAUUGAAGAUGAGAUAGAUUUUUUGAUUAACUGUGACAUUUACAGUGACUUGAGGUUUAAUUUUUUGAUUAACUGUGACAUUUACAGUGACUUGAGGUUUAAUUUGUUUCACAGAGCUAUGGUCCUGGAUAAUUCUUUUUUUAUAAAGUCAGAUUUUGAUCAAUUUUUAUUUUUAAUACAGAAUGCUGAAUUACAGUAAGAGUUAUCUAACUUGGUGUAUAAUAUGGUAAAAAGGCAUUGAAAAGCAAUUUGCACUCUUGAUUGUAUACUUCUGUAAAAGUCAAAAUUACAUUUUAUUUAUUUUUUAUGCCCCACCUAGGGGCAUUAUGUUUUUCGGUCUGUGCGUCUGUUCGUUUGUCCGUUGGUCCAUCCAUCUGUUCGUCCAUCCGUUUGUCCGUCUGUCCCACUUCAGGUUAAAGUUUUUGGUCAAGGUAGUUUUUGAUGAAGUUGAAGUCCAAUCAAUUUGAAACUUAGUACACAUGUUCCCUAUGAUAUGAUCUUUCUAAUUUUAAUGCCAAAUUAGAGUUUUACCCCAAUUUCAUGGUCCACUGAACAUAGAAAAUGAUAGUGCGAGUGGGGCAUCCAUGUACUACGGACACAUUCUUGUUUUAUUUUAUUUUAUUCAUGUUUUAUUUUAACUGAGAUUAUUUUCAUAAACAAGAUUAUUUCAUUUUUUUCUUCACAAACUGUUUAUAUAACCUCUUUUACAUGCAUUUUAUUUAUCUAUUAAUUUUUUUUACGCCACUCAAAUGUGUUGCUUUUAUUUAAAGUCUUACUUUUUUUUAAUGUGAAAAAUUCUGAUAAUUAACAUUAUUGACAUUUUACUAUGUUACACAAUUUGUAUUUUAGUUAUUUAAAAAUAGUUUAUAUAUUUGUAUGUAUAGUGUCUCAUAAAUAUAAGCCUACUUAGGCUGGGUAUUUGUCUUAUUUUAUUACUGUACAAUGUAUAUUAUAUAAUUUGUAUAGCUUUGUAGACAAAUAUGUGACACUUUAAUAAAAUAAAUUAUUAUUAUUAGUAUCAUCAGAUUAAUCAAUGUAAUUUUUAUCCAGACUCAGUUAUACAAACAUUAAUGAUUUGUGAAAAAGAAAUAUGUGAAAUCCUUUUUGAUAUAAUGUGUUUUUGUAUUCCCUUCUGUGACACAUUUUUAAUAUAAUAUUUUUUGACAAUAUUUUGAAUCUCGUUAUUUUAGAUUUUUGUUGUUACUUUUAUAGAAUUAAAUGCAUAUUUAUUUUUUCAAACAAGAUGUUUCUUUUUUCUCAAAAAAUGAUGACUUUUUUUAACCAUCUUCCCCAGUUCACCUUAAAUGCAGGUUGUCAACCAAGCACAUUUCAUUUACAAGAAAAAGCCAAGACAGCUUUGCUCUAAAUCAGAAUUAUGUUUCUGCAAAUUGGGGCAUAUUGAACUCUGAAUUGGUUCCUUUUUUAAGUAAAGCAUUCAAAAGCUAAGUCAGCAUGUUCAUCUGGUACAAAGCAACAUUUUUGCUCACCUGGUUGUCAUAAUUACAUACAUUGUGAGCUUGUCUUGAAGAAUACAUUUGGUAUAAAGUUCUAUAAUAAAAAAAAAGUUACAUGUAUAUUAUAUAUGAAUUAAGUUGUAGUUGACCUUAUGAAUGUGACUUAUGAUAAACUGACCUUGAACAUUGAGGAAUGAACCAAAGAUAUGAGGUAUAUUAAGGUAAGAUGGGUCAAGUUAGAAGGGCAUGCUUACCUUAUCUUACUUUAAUAUACCUCAUAUCUUUGGUUCAUUCCUCAAUGUUCAAUAAUUCUAUAGACUAUAACUGUAAAAAAUAAAUAAAGAUCAUUAUAAUGCUAAAUUUAGAUAUUCAUCCAUGCGCAAUGGAAUCAGGUCAAGGUCGUAAGUUCCCUAUUAAAAAAAUAUUCAAUGAAUACUUUAAAA